AUGUCAUUUCCUGCAAUUCUUAUUCUUUCAAUUUUAAUUGCCACGGAAGCACAUUCACAAUUUCGUAAAUUGGUAUGCUUAACGGAAGAUUCAAGCAGAAAAAGUGGCAAUGAAGCAUCAAAAUGCCAUUUAAUAUUAAAAGAUACGGAAUUUGAAGAACCAGGUCGAAUAGCACCAAAGGAAGCUGGAUGUUUUGCGGAAAAAUACAAUACUACAAUCAACCGUAGUUACUGCAAUAUUUUCUGCCCUAGUGCUCAUACCGUUUUCCACUCAGCAUUUGAACUUUUCCAUCCUUCUUGCUUUCAAUAUUACAAUUAUCAGUUGGUAGAGCGUGAAAAUGAUUGGUACGUGUGGAGAUCCGAUCGGUGCUUGAAUUCAACAGCGACAUUUUAUUUCGGUUGUAAAUUUAACGAACCCUUUCGCAAAAAAUAUCCAAGUGAUGGAGAAAUUUUCAAAAUUUUAAAGAGUCGACGAAAACCCUAG